AUGGCCGAGGCGUCAAACGGCCAGAGACGAGACCCAAGCAAAGUGCAGGCAUGGCUCGUGGGCAGUGGGAUGGCUUGCCUGGCAGCGGCUGUUCAUCUGAUUCGCGAGGGCAACCUUCCAGGUAAAAACGUCCACAUUCUCGAUCUACAUCUGGGGUUUGGUGGCGAAAUGGGAACCUCGGGAGAUGCGCAAAACGGCUAUUUCGUUCCCUUCGAGUGCCAUCCCUAUUUUCAUGGCGACUGUAUCAAGGAUCUGCUAUCUAUUGUACCGAGCCCCGGUGAGCCAGGCAAAUCCAUGAUGGACGAUAUUUACUCGCUUGAAAAGAAUGAGCGGCGACCGCCGCAGGACUCGGGGAUGACGCGGGCAAUCAAGCUGGGGAAGCUGGGACCCGAAGUCGUUCACUUCAGGGGCAUCCAGGUGGGAUUAAAGCAUCGAUUGGAGCUGAUGAAGUUCAUCUUGGAGAGCGAGACGAGCUUAGGCGCGAAAAGCAUCAAUCAGAUCUUCGAACCGUCCUUCUUUGAAACUGGAUUCUGGACGCGAUGGUCAACAGCGUUUGCUUUCCAGCCUUGGCACAGUGCUGUCGAGUUCCGAAGGCAUCUUCGCAAAUACCUAGAGGAUAUCCAGGCUCUGAAUGAUGUCAAGGGAGCAUAUCGGACCAAGUACAACCUAUUCGACUCGAUCACCCUCCCUCUCGCAGACUUUCUGAAAGGAGAGGGGGUGGAUUUCCGCUUCAACGUUGACGUGACUGAUCUACUGCUCUAUCCCGAAAGUGACCCGACCACAGUCUCGGAAAUUAAGCUGAUCAAGGAGGGAGAUGAAUGCCUGAUCACGUUGGACCCCGAGGACAUCUGCAUUGUCGACCCCGGUUACUCCCGCUCGGGGGCAGAUUUCGGCACUGAUACUGCUCCCCCGCCGUUUCUUACUUCGAACUGGGAAGACCUGAUGAUGAAGGAGUGGAAGUUGUGGCAGAAACUAUCUGACAAGUCUCCGAAGUUUGGCAACCCCAGCAACUUCUUGUCACGCGCCCUUGAAUCCGGCGUCGAAACAUUUACAACGACGCUCUGGGGGCCACAGUUCAUGAACCUGUACGAGAAGCUCACUCAUGACCAGCCGAGGACGGAUGCCCUGCUCUCGUUGACAGAGAGCAAGUGGUCAAUCACCCUGAGCAUCCCACAUCAACCCAUCCUCCCAGGACAACCCCCAGAUGCUCAUAUUGUAUGUGGAUACGCGCUGAGCCCGUGGAACGAAGGAGAUUUUGUGAAGAAGCCAAUGUUUGCGUGCUCUGGGAAAGAGAUCUUCACUGAGGUUCUUUCCCACCUCGGGUUCCCCGUUCAAUCCAUCCUCGACGCGGCGACAACCAUUCCCUGUGGGUUGUCUCUGGGCACGGCGCCGUUUUUGACACGGGGGAAUAGAGAUCGUCCGCACGUCAUUCCACCUUAUACCACCAACAUUGCAUGCGUCGGCCAGUUUGCAGAGCUUCCCGAAGACACCACCCUGAGCAUGGAAUACAGCGUGCGAAGCGCUCAGAUGGCCGUCUAUCAGUUGAUGGACCUGCAAAAGAAGCCAGCCAAGCUCAAGAAGAAUAUUCUCCUGGAACUGUUUGAUUUGUUGAUAUAA